CACAUUAUCACGACCAUCAAAAAUAAUCACAAUCAUGUCUGCGAGAUCAGCCUUACCACCAUCGUCACAAAUUGGUGUGCCGAUACCGAGCUCACAAAUGGCUCCAGAGUCCUUCCAGCGACAACAAGUAAAGAAAUUCUACCAGAGAUAUCGGCCCGUGAGGCCAUUACCAUAUGAGCUUCGGGACAUGAUCCAUGUGUAUAUUGAGGAGCAGCUAUACUCACAAGCCAUUCCUCUGAUUCUAAACACACUCAUCGCAGGCACUGAUGGCACUAUCGACGGACGUACUUUGCCUGCCCAAGUGCCUCCUCCCCAAGCACUCGCUGUUGUUGCCACUCUGGCCGUGCAUCCUAGUUGGACGAACCGAUCCAGAGAACCGGAUAACAUGAAGGUGGCCAACGAUGCACUAUUCUUACUCAAACAUGUAAAUUCCAUCAUCGGUGCUGCCAACGCCGAUUUCAACACCGCUUUCAAAUUUAUGGAUAAAUUUGAUUCCCGGGACAGACGACGACGAACGGGUGAUGUUACUUUGGACGGCGAUGACGAUGGUAAAUUCCAGAUCGAGAUGGCAAACAAGGGUGCAAUCUGGAACCUGGCCGAAGAUUUCUGGGCAGUGGUCGGCUGGGCCUUCAACUGCUCGUGCCAACAUCCUAACCGAUGGGAGAGAUGGAGACCUUGGCUUGAGUUCAUGCUUGACGCACUCGAAGAUGAUCUCGAAGAAAGGGUCGCAGCUGCCGAACCACUCAAGAAAGAUGGCAAGGAAGCAGCGGUCAACACACUGCUGUCAGAGAGUUUGAUCGCACAAUACUGUCUCACAGUAGGUGACGGUAGAGCCGGUAAACGAAGAGUCAUGAGAGCGAUCUUGGCCAAUGGCAGUAAAAAGGACUUGGAUGAGUUCAAGGAGAUCUGGAAGAACGAGACAAAGCCACCAAAACAGAAAAAAGAGGAUGAGACGAUACCACGGAAGAAGAUUGACUUCGAAAAGGAUGAGUACGCAGACUAUAUGGAUCUGGAAGAUUCUGAGGAAGAGGACGAUUUGCCCUCAACGCCCAAGGCAACGACGUCGGCUCGUCAGUCGCGUAAGAGAGGACGACCAUCAUCAGCGACACCCGAUCUCGAUGGAGAGGCCGAGUAUAGCGUAUCAUCAGACUAUGGUGGAGGUGAAGCUAUACAACUACGUAAGCGCUUGAUUGCUUUGCUCACACAGAUCUCGUUCCACUAUGAGCACGCGUUCAUGGAAGCUGAAGACUGUUUCGACUUGGUGACAGAGUUCAUUCGUCCUCUACCUCUGGAUAUGUUUAUCCUAUUCGUUUCACCACCAACACCUUGGCUAGAGCCACACUCACACGCAUCAUUGUGUCAGAACCUCCUUCGACCGACCAUCUCCUCGGAAGCACCAACGUAUCACGCCGACACGAUGACCCAAAUCGAGUUCGAGAAACACUUCCUGCCUUACCCUGCAAACUACACCAACUACGUCGAGAACGCCAGAGUCAGCUUGCUCGUAGAGGCUCUGCUGAGAUUGUUGUUCAGACAUUCCGCACUGACUGUUAACACCAGUCUGAAGAAGAAGCUGGACGAAGGAAUCAAAGCCAGAGAAGCCAAAGCAAAGUUUGGUGCAAGAAAAUUGGUUGGUGUCAAUGCAGCAGAAGAGGAGAAGGCGAUAAAGAUGUUGGCGAACAGUGCUGCGAGGAUGAGAAUGGUCGUUCAGGUCGCUGGUUCUCAGCAGCAGUAGAUUAUCAGUCAAAAGCAGAUAUUAUCCUCUAUCACUCUACCGCGAUCCAACCGCAGUGCUCUAGUGUUUUACAAUUAGGUGUUGCUUUUACAAGGAGAAUUUUCAGAUAUGGAAACAUCAACUUAUUAGACGAAUAGAUCCCACCCGAAUUGGGUUCU